AUGGCGGAGGUGGUAGCUUCCGGCCAAGACCAUGACACUCCCCGACCGCGUCGCGCCCACGGCAAGAAGCGCGCCGCCGACAACCAGCUCGAGUCAGAGCAGCGUCUGAGCAAGCGUUUCGAUCUGCUGAAUCUCGGUAUGCUACAUGCCCUCCACCUGUCUCCCGCUUCCUUCGCUGACCGUAGCCCAGAGAAUGGCACGCGCCUGUACCUCCCUGUUGCCGGAUCGUCUGUUUCCGCCGUGACCCCAGACCAACGCGCGAAACAGCCUGCAAAGACAGUUCCAAUACCUCCCGCGCCCGAAACGGUGAAGAAACGGAAAGCAAGACCGCCGCGGCCUCCUCCACCGGACGAUUGCAUGCAGGUUGAAGACACGCCGCAUCGCGUCUACAUUGCUGAUUUGGACGCCGAGCUCUCCGAUAUCGAAUCGGACGAGGACAACCCCGUCUUCCUUCAGGAUAUCGAGAAGCAUCUUGCCAAGAUACCCAAGCAUGUGUUGAUGGGACCAGAGCCAAAGCCAACCAAAGAUAACCAGUUGGUCUUGUACAAUGUGCCAAGCAGUUUGACGGUGCCGGAAGCAAACGAUAGCGUGCGGAAGGCCAUCGUGGAGGCACGAGGUAGGAUAAGAGAGAGGCAGGCGACUGGCAUAGUGGAGCCUGAGCAGGUUGUACCACCAACAUCAGCCCCAGAGACAGCAUUCCCGACAGAGAUACCCCCACCGUCCUAUGAUUCCGAUGCCAUGGACAUCGACUAG